AUGCAGAGCUUAGCAAGAAGACGACGAUCUGUUGGUCAUUGUUCUCGAUCUAUCAUCAAUGAACUCAAUCGAAGAACCAGAAGCUUUAGCGUCAAUCAUUCACUCAUCGAUCAUCCUGAUUCCUCUGAGGUAUUAUUGGAACAGAAUGGACAUUCCAGAAGCGUAAUUCUCAACAGACCUUCCUUCCUCAAUGCCCUAACUACUUCCAUGGUAAAGAGGUUGCAGAAAGCAUAUGAAAGUUGGGAAGAUACCCCUGAUGUAGGUUUUGUUGUAAUGAAGGCAAAUGGUAGGGCUUUUUGUGCUGGUGCUGAUAUAGUUGCCAUCCAUGAUAUGAUAAAAAGAGGAAACAUUGAAGGAAGCAAGGAAUUCUUUUGGGUGCUAUAUAAAUUCAUAUACUUUUUACAUACAUAUUUGAAGCCACAUGUGGCUAUCUUGAAUGGGAUUACCAUGGGUGGAGGGGCUGGAAUUUCCAUUCCAGCAAAGUUCAGGGUUGUUACUGAAAAAACUGUUUAUGCUACCCCUGAAACAUUAAUUGGUCUUCAUCCUGAUGCUGGUGCUUCAUUUCACCUUUCACAUCUUCCUGGCCAUUUAGGAGAGUAUCUGGCUCUAACAGGAGACAUACUCAAUGGAGAAGAAAUGAUUGCAUACGGGCUUGCGACACACUAUUCACAAAGCUCGAAGCUUCCGUUAAUUGAAGAAUGUCUCAGAAAUCUGAAAACCGAUGAUCCUUCUGUAAUCAAAACUUUUCUUGAAAAAUACAGUGAUCCUCCCUCUCCGGAUAAUGUCAGCGUUACCCAGAGGAUGGAAACAAUCAACAAAUGUUUCAGCCACAAUACUGUUGAGGAAAUUAUCGACACCGUGGAAAAUGAAGCUGCCAAAACUCACGAUGGGUGGUGCGAAUCCGUCCUAAAGAAACUCAAAUACGCAUCACCGUUGAGCUUGAAGGUUUCCUUGAGAUCAAUACGAGAAGGGAGGUUUCAAAGUUUUGAUCAAUGCCUAAUUCGCGAAUAUAGACUGACUUCACGAGCUGUGGCCUGUGAGAUCUCGAGUGACUUUCGUGAGGGUGUUCGGGCACGAAUGGUGGAUAAAGAUUUUGCACCAAAGUGGGACCGACCAAGCUUAGACCACGUAUCACAAGACAUGGUGGAUCGGUCCUUUUCACCCCUUGGUGCACACGAGCCUGAACUUGAUUUGCCUACGCAACAAGGAGAGGCGUUCCGUAAGCAGCAUCAUUAA